AAAGAACACUUGUAGUGAAUCAACACACUACGCCAGUUCUUAUUUUUACUUCCUCUCAAGUGACAUACAAGAACAAACAAAUCAGUCGACUGGGUACAACAAUUCUAUUGAACAUCUUUAGGUAUUUUUCAAAAUGGACGCAGUAGAAUUUUGCAGAAACGUGUUCAAGAGUCUGGAGAAUGUGUGGACCAACAAACUGUUGUGUGAUGUUACAGUCAAAGUUCAAGACGAAACAUUCGAAUGUCAUCGACUCGUUUUGGCGGUUACUUCUGAUUUCUUUCUGGCACUUUUUCGUUCUGGGAUGAAAGAAGUUACAGAGAAUGUCGUAGUUCUGCACGACAUGUCUAGCGAAGCGUUUCAUUCGAUUCUGAAAAUAAUGUACACUGGUGCCGAUGUUUUAACUGUUGAGAACUAUAUUGAGGUGUGGAGAGCGGCUCAUCAGCUUCAGAUUCAGACAAUUGUUCAAGGUUGUGAGAAUUUCGCUAAUAGAAAUAUUACAAAAGAUACAUGGGAAACAUUGUUCAGUCUUGCUAAAUGUUUACAAUCAGAAAGAGUUCUUACUGAACUGCAUGUGUAUAUGUUAAAAAAAUUUAGUGAAGUUUGUAUUUCCCCAACAUUUCUACAACUCCCUUUUGAGGAUAUUCGGGAAUUGAUCAAAAGUCAGGACCUCGUAGUCAGCAGUGAAGAUGUGGUCAUUGAGUCUGUGAUUAGAUGGGUCACGUAUGACCCUAAAGUGAAGAAUGAGAGAAACGACUGUACACACAAAACUCAUGAAGAUACUUCAAUGAUUGUAAGCUCAGAAAACAGCGUGAAGUUGGACACUGCAGGUUCCAGGAAAGUUUAUCUGAACAAAUUGUUAAGAAAAGUAAGGACCUGCCUUGUAAGUCCUUUACGUUUAGCAAUAGUACGUAAAAUGGAUUUGGUAAUGGAAGAUAGAGAUUCAAGAGAUAUCAUCGACUAUGCUAAAAAAUAUAAUGCUAAAGAGUUUCGACACUGCCAGUGUCCAUCGGCUGCACUUACUAGAUCGUGUAGUGGGUAUAUACAUGCUGGCGUGUUCGCAGAUAGUACCGGAAUGAUCAAAGUGAUAAAUGCUUGCAAUGAAAAAUCGUAUAGAAUACAUAAAUGUAUUAAUUUAAACCGAUGGAUGCAGAUAGUCCCAUAUGAUGGAAAGCUCUAUGCCGCAGGUGAAUUUGCCACCAACAGAAACUGUUAUAGAAUGUUCGUGCUGAGUGAUAACAACUGGGUACAAGUUAAGGAAUUGUCAAGUCUCAACUUGUUAUUAGUCUCGCACGCUGACUUUAUCUAUAUUCUAAACAAAGAUGAGAAAAUAAUAUACAGGAUGAAUCCUAAAAAGGAAACUAAGCAAUUGGAAAAGUUUUUAGAAUUUCCUGAAAAUAUUGUCAUUACACAUGCAAUGUUUCUUCAAAACGAUCUCUUGUUGUUUGGCUCUGAUAUUCAAAACAGAGUUGACAAGACCAUUGUCUAUGAAUUAAAGAUUUCCUCCAAAGUUUUUACCAGAUUAGACAAUCUAGAUGGACCAGCUAAACAUUUGAUUAGUUUUAAAAAUGACAAUGACAAUUAUAUAUUACAGGCAAAUGGCAGUCUUUGGAUAGUUCUUUAUUCUUCUCACAUUGGAGGCACUGAAUUUAAAUCUCUUGCCAAGCUUUGGAAUUUUACAAAGACGUUAUAUGGUGCUUUAACCUUCCAAAGAAAACUGAUCAUUUUUGGAAACAAUCCCAAUAAAGACCCACUAGGGGAGAAAAAAUUAAAUGAAAUUCCUGAUCACUUUAAAUGUAUACGUCAUGUAGGUACUGAUGAAGGAAAUGUCUCCAAUUUCAUUCCGAUCACUAUCCCCAGAUAUUAUAUACUUUAGGAAACAUU